CCCGGCCCGGUCCGGUCCGGUCCGGCCCGUCGCUUCGCCGUCCGCCGCGCCAUGCAGACCCCGGCCAAGCUCGUCACCAGCAGGCAAGUUCAGAAUUCCCACACCGGCCUUGAUCUGUUUGUCCCGGAGUACCAAGAGAUACGGGGGAAGAUGAUGUCCGGCCACGUGGAAUAUCAGAUUGUAGCUGUUACCUGUCUGGCUGCAUUUAAAUCUACAAGGCACAAAUCUGAAGAUGUGGUCCAGUUUAUGGUUUCCAAAAAGUACAGUGAGAUUGAGGAGUUUUACCAGAAGCUGGCCACUCGUUACCCAGAGGCAGCUCUCCCACUGCUCCCAAGGAAGAUGUUGCUGGUCGGGGAGUCCGAUAUCCGAGAGCGAAGAGUAGCGUUCGAUGAAAUCAUGAGAUACGUCUCGAAGGACGCCGACCUAGCCACAAGCCCCGAGUUGCUGGAAUUCCUAGGAACCAAGCCGUCAGAGGCUGCGGACUUAAGGGGGGGAAACAACCCUCAUCUGGAGGAAGAAGACAAAGGAAGAGACGCCGAGUUCUUCGACUUUUUCGAGCAGCCAGAGACAGCAUCCAUGGAAACCCCUCAUCGAAAGUUCUUGAAAGAUCAGGAGGCCCGGCAGGAUUUGGAAGAUGAUGAGGAGGAAGAAAUUAUGGAUCCUCUUGGCAUAAUGAGAUCCAAGAAAAAGAAAAAAAUCCCAGUUCCUGUUAAGGCCAGUAAACCAAAAUUAACCAUUUUUGAUGAGGAAGUAGAUCCCGAUCAGGACCUGUUUGGCUCAGUUAAAGAUUUUUCGUCCAAAAGCACCGAAGUGAAACCUGCAAAAGACAAUCUGAAAUUGUUCGAUGAUCCAGAUCUCGGUGGGACUGUUAAAAUGGGAGAUUCACUUCUAUUGCCGCUGACUUGUGAUACUCCAGAGCCUAAAUGGAGGCUCGGCCAUGAAGAAGCCACUGAGGAUCUUUUGAGGGUUGAAGAUGACUUGGAGAAGAUCUUGAACUUAGAGUCAAAGCCCAAACCCAAGCCCAAACCCAAACCCAAAGUACCUGCGAAACCACAAGUCUUGCCAAAGACGGGGGAGAGCUCGGCCCGGGACACCAAACAAAGGGAACAGCAGAUACAAACCAUGAAUGAGAUGGACAUUCUUCAGUAUAUCCAGGAUAAUGAAGCCUCCGGCAAUGCGGCUCCGAGCCUCUUUUGAACCCAAUUCCUAACCCUGACUCCAACCUAACCCAAUUCCAGAUCCAGACAGGAAACGGGGAGCAGAGGGUCUGGUUUGGAACCACACUUUCAGUGAUUACAUUCGGAUGCAAAAAUCGUGGUUCUACCCAGUCAAAAUUAAGUUGCUUGAUGUAACAUAAUGACAAGUAGAUAAAAGACAAGUAGCAAAAGAUUUCACCCAUUAUAAGUGAUGAUUAUACCCAUAAGUGAUGGAAUUCCCCGACUCCAGUCGGCAGAAUCGUAAACAAGCUGCAGAGGACAGCAUUAAAAAGCCAGAUGGAUUCCAA